UUGAGCUUGGGGAAAUUCCAUAUUCACAAAAACAAAUGGGCCAAAUCCAAGCCAAACAUUGCACCCUUCAAAAAUGAACUGCUCCGUUAUGCUGCCACGAUCAAGGACAUUAAAAACAAGAAAGCUACCAAAACUUACUCCAUAAUGAAGAAAUUCUGUACCAUUGAACUGUAAGUCCUCUGGCUGUUGUAUGGUUGUGUUUUGUUUUCUGUUUUUGUCGUUAUUGUUGUGAUGUGUCUCUCGUUGGUUGUACUGUCUGUCUUGUUCAAUAAAAAAAAAAAAAAAAAAAAAAUCACAUGCGCUUCUACAACUUUUAAGAGGACGAAGAAGAAGCCCGCGGUGCAUUUUGGGUCAGUAGCAUGCCCGUAGGAUGCACCGCGACCAACCUACAAUGUGGGCGUGUCUAGUAUCUGAAGUAGUAUCUGAAGUAGCAUGCUACUCGCUCCGGUGGCCAAUUCGGACAUGCUAGAUACUACUUCGACUACUACUUCGACUACUACUUGGCAAUUCGGACGCAGCUUUUGACUCUCCUCCCGUUAAAAACUAAAGGGCUCUUCCGGUUAGCUUAGCAUGCUAGCUACAGACAGAGGGAGGGUGGGGUUUAACGGCACAGCUAGAGGAGGAGAGCUAAUGGAAAAAAGGGGGUUUUAUUAAUUUAAUAUCGUUAAAAAAUGUCUAAAGUCCAAACUGUGAGAGCUUUAAUAAAACAGAGACUGAGUUCAGCUGCUGAGGAGAUCUUUGAGAUCUUUGAAAAAAUCAUCUUAGAGUACGAGGAGAAACUCUGUCGAUCAUCGGAGGAGAAGAAGAGACAAGAGAAACUUCUGGAUUCACUUCUAAACCCUCAGCUGCAGCUCCACAGAGCAGGUCUGUUCACCACCAUCACUUCAGCACUUUCUUAUCAUCCACAACAAACAAACACUGACUGUAGAUGUACGAUAGAAAAGGUCAAAUAUGAAUGAGUCUAUAAAUAUGAACUUCAGUCACAUUCACAAGCAGCUAAAAGCUCCUCACAUCAGUUUUAAAUGUUUAUAUAAAUAUGUACAAAUGAGUAUAUACAUGUUCACUGCGGUUCCUUUGUCCUCACCUCAAAGAUCAGUGCCAACGACAAAAAAAAAAAAAACAGAUAUAGAUAUAAUGAUGAUGAUGGUAUUGAUAUUGCACAUGAUUAACAAAUAAUUCAGGGUUUAGUAUUGCACUGUUAUUGUUGUUGGUGGUGUUGGUCUGCAAGGAGCAGGCCUGGUUAUAGAUAGUCUGAUAGCAGGGGGGAGGAGGGACCGGCGAUGCCUCUCUGUGAUGCAUCUCGGGUGACUGAAGGAGCUUUCUAGAGCUCUUACAGACACAUGUAGAGGGUGGGAGACAUUGUCCAGUAUUGAUGACAGCUUUGCCACCAUCCUUCUGUCACCCACUGUCUCCAUGGGGUUGAGACUGCAGCCCAGGACAGAGCCGUCUUUUUUUACCAGCCUGUCCAGUCUCUUCUUCUCCGCUGCUAUGAUGCUCCUGCUCCAGGCAACCACGCCGUAAAAGAUGGUUGACUCCACCACAGAGUUAUAAAAGGUCCUUUUAGAGGCUGGACCCUCCUUUUACUCUGGGACCAGUUUUAGGAAAACAGACGUAGAUGUAGAAACAGAAACAAAAACACUGACAGUUUAGCUUGGUUCUGGUCCAAGUCUUUACAUUAGUUCUUAUGGAUCUUUAGCCUUUAGUCCGAUCAGAUGUGUUUCAUUUGAACCUCCAACAGAUUAAAACAGGAAUGUUCAGACUUCAUGAUUCAAACUCUGACUGUCCGAUCAGACUGUGAAGUUUUUAUGAUCCAGUAUCAGAGUUUUCAUGAGAGACCAGAUUUCCGGUUUCCUCGGAUCAUCCUGCUGUAACACACUUCAUAAAUCAUGAAACCACAUUUGUUUGUUUCCUGCAGAUGUUCAGGAGCUGUCAGAGAGUAAAGAAGAUCCUCGUGAGCAGCAGGAGUGGAGUCCUAGUCUGGACCAGCAGGACCCACCAGAACCAGAACCCCUCCUCAUUAAAGAGGAAGAGGAGGAAGUGUGGAGCAGUCAGGAGGGAGAGCAGCUUCAAAGACUGGAGGAGGUAAAGGAGGAGGAGGAGGAAAAAUCUCAGUCCUCACAGCUUCAUCAGAGACAAGAUGAGGAGAAUCGAGACCCUGUGGAAGAACCAGAACCAGCCAGAGACUCAGAACCAGAGAGGCGGUUUCACCACUGGACUCAGAAUAAAAGUGGAGACUCUGCUGGACCACAGACUGAAGAUCAUGGUUCAGGUUUCAAUGUUCUGAGGAAUGAUGAGGAUGACUCCAGAGUGAAACCAUUUCGCUGCUCUCAUUGUGGGAAACGGUUCAACCAAAACUCCAAUCUGAAGACGCACAUGAGAAUCCACACCGGAGAGAAACCCUUCAGCUGCUCUCUGUGUGGGAAAAGGUUUGCUCAGAAGGCUCAUCUGCAGAGUCACUUCAAAUGUCACACGGGAGAGAAACCGUACAGCUGCUCCCUCUGUAGGAGACACUUCGCUCGCUUCGAACAUCUGCAGCUCCACAUAAGAACUCACACGGGGGAGAAACCCUUCACAUGCAGAACCUGUGACAGGAGCUUCACCUGGCUGUACCAGAUCAAGAACCACAAGUGUGGAGGAGGAUCUUCACAUCUUCAUGAACUGUGGAGCAGACAGGAGGAGGGAAAGCAGCUGUAAGGAGGCUGAUGAUGAAGAUGAUGAAGAGGAACCUUCAUCAGAGACCACCUGAUCACUCUAGGAGUAGCUCUUUGAAGACUUUUGGUGAUUGUUGUUGUGGAGUCAAAGCAGACAAACUCCAUGUUUGUAGGAAAUACCUGAGUGACACUAAAGUCUCUGUCAAAAUAAAAGCUCAGACUGUUACAUUUAGAGUUUGUUAAACAUUCAGGCAUUAAAAAAUGAGAGUAUCAACAUUUCCAAGCUUGUCCCUGAUGAUCUUUUUUUGCUUUUGGAUACAAAAAAAGGUAUUUGUUGCUCAAAUUACCUAAUCUGAGAUAUUACUUUUGGACUGUGCAACUGAAACUGCUUACAAUCUGGAUCCAGGACCUAGCAUAUACAAGCUGGCUCAAUAUCGAAAAGAGUUUAUGUGAAAGACCUUUACAGGCCCUGCCAUUCUUAGAUAUCCAUCCAAGUAAAAUAAAUAUGGGACAUUGGACUAAAAUCACAUUAAAUAUGUGGAAGGCAAUAAAAUCUGUAUUUGGGCUGCCUAAAACAAUUCAGCACCUACGAACAUUGGAUAUAUAAAUGACUUUGUGCCCUCUAAAUCACAUACAGACUUCAGGAAAUGGUCAAAGUAUGGACUCUCCAAUUUACAUCAACUCCACAACGCUGGCAAUUUUAAAUCAUUUACACAGCACAGAUUUUUUCAGAUACUUAAAGUUAAGGCUUUUCUUAUUAAAACACAAAGACUGGGACAAAGUUGCUAAACCUAAUUGAAGAGUUAUUGAUUAAAGUACAAACAAAAAAUGGGAUAAGAAAUUAAUAAGCUGUUUUUACCAGAUGUUCCUGAGCAAGAAUUUGAAUAAUACUGCAAAGAUUAAGAAAUGAUGGGAAAUUGAAAUUAAUUCCAGCAUAUCACAUGAUAUGUGGGAGGAAGUUUGCACUGAGGUACAUUUGGUAACCAGUUCAAAUGUAUGGAGAGAAUUUAAAUGGAAGGUAGUCAUGAGGUUCUUUCGGACACCUGAAGUCACAGCUAAAUUUAGCACUACACACUCAAAUAAAUGCUGGAGGAACUGCGGCCCACACAUUGGUAAUCAGACCCACAUACUCUGGUUAUGCCCAAAACUGGAGGUAUUCUGGGAGAAAGUGUUUUAAACACUUAAUAUAAUAUUUGGUGGAAAUAUUACAAUGGACCCAAUGGUGGCUCUACUAGGCCUAUUACCAAGAGGCAUUGAAGGAAGAGCCAAAAAAUAUACUAUUAGCAACAGCAAUUAAAUGCAUUACAGUAAGGUGGUUGAAGCCUGACCCUCCAACACACAAUAUGUGGACUGAAAAAAUAAAGGAAAUACAAUUUAAAUGGAACAAAUAACAUAUUCCCUGAGAUUUCAAAAACAUAUAUUCACAAAAAGGUGGAGUCCUGCUAUGGGUAUACUGAUAUAAUUUUUAUUCAGUUUAUUCUAUAUUUUUCUUUGUCUUUUUUGUUGUACCAAAACUGUUACCUUGUGUAUGAAGCAGCAGAUAUGAUGACUGUGAUUCUGUAAAUGAUUUUGAACGAAACUUAAAUAAAACUAAGUUUAAUUUUCA